AUGGAGAUAGAGUCUAUGAGAGGCGGUGGAAGUGGAGGAGGAAGAGGUGCUUACUUGGUCUGGGAAGAUCUAAGCGUGGUGAUACCAAAUUUCAAGAACAAUGCCCCAACAAGGAGGUUGCUCAAUGGUCUUAGUGGGUUCGCUGAGCCUGGUAGGAUCAUGGCUAUUAUGGGUCCUUCUGGCUCUGGGAAAUCAACACUCCUUGAUACUCUAGCAGGUAGACUGUCCAGAAAUGUGGUCAUGACUGGAAGUAUACUAUUUAAUGGGAAGAAGAAACGACUAGCCUAUGGUGCUGUUGCUUAUGUGACACAAGAGGAUGUGUUGUUAGGAACGUUGACAGUGAGAGAAACCAUUACAUACUCAGCAUACUUGAGGCUUCCUAGUAGUUUUAGCAGAGAAGAGAUCAAGAGUAUUGUGGAGGGUACAAUCAAUGAAAUGGGCCUCCUCGACUGUGCUGACCGUUCAGUUGGAAACUGGCACUUAAGAGGCAUUAGUGGUGGUGAGAAGAAACGAGUGAGCAUUGCACUUGAAAUUCUGACAAGGCCUCGCAUAUUGUUCCUUGAUGAACCUACUAGUGGUCUGGAUAGUGCCUCAGCUUUCUUUGUUAUUCAAACACUCCGAAGCAUUGCUCGUGAUGGAAGAACGGUUAUUUCAUCAGUUCACCAGCCAAGUAGUGAAGUAUUUGCUCUCUUUGAUGACCUCUUCUUACUAUCUGGUGGUGAAACUGUUUAUUUUGGAGAUGCAAAGACAGCUAUAGAUUUCUUUGCUGAAGCAGGUGUCCCAUGUCCUAGUAGAAGGAAUCCCUCUGAUCACUUCCUCCGCUGCAUAAACUCAGACUUUGACGUUGUAACUGCCACACUGAAAGGAUCUCAAAGAAUUCGUGAUGUCCCAACAUCAGCAGACCCCCUCAUGAAUUUGGAAACAUCAGAGAUCAAAGCCAGGCUUGUUGAGAAAUACAGGCGCUCAAACUAUGCACAUAAGGCGAAAGCUAGGAUGCAGGAAAUAUCAGCAAUUGAAGAUCAUGUAAUCGACAUCAAAAGUGGUAGUCAAGCAGGCUGGUGGAGGCAACUUUCAACCUUGCUCCGAAGAUCCACUUUGAAUAUGUCUAGAGAUGUGGGUUAUUAUUGGUUAAGGAUAUGCAUCUAUAUAUUCGUAUCAGUAUGUGUUGGUACUAUUUUUUUCCAUGUUGGCACUGGCUAUACUGCCAUCUUUGCCCGGGCAGCCUGUGGUGCAUUCAUAACAGGCUUCAUGACAUUCAUGUCCAUUGGAGGUUUCCCAUCCUUUAUAGAAGAAAUGAAGGUAUUUUAUAGAGAAAGGCUCAAUGGGUACUAUGGAGUUUCAGUGUUUAUUAUAUCCAACUUCCUCUCUUCAUUCCCAUUCUUGGUUGCAAUUACUUUAACUACUGGGACCAUCACUUACUAUUUAGUGAGAUUUCGGACGGAAUUUUCUCAUUAUGUUUACUUCAGUCUCAACAUAUUUCUCUGCAUAUCGGUGAUAGAGAGUCUCAUGAUGGUUGUAGCUUCUCUGGUUCCCAACUUCCUCAUGGGAAUCAUAACAGGAGCUGGAAUCAUGGGCAUCCUGAUGAUGACUUCCGGUUUCUUCCGCUUACUGCCGGAUCUUCCCAAGCCAUUCUGGCGCUACCCGAUUUCAUUUCUCAGUUAUGGCUCAUGGUCAAUACAGGGAGCCUAUAAGAACGACUUCCUUGGCCUUGAGUUCGAGCCUAUGAUACCUGGUGAUCCGAAAUUGUCAGGCGAGUAUGUGGUCCAACAUACAUUUGGUAUUCCACUGGGGCAUUCCAAGUGGUGGGACUUGGUUGCUAUUGUUGCUAUUCUUGUGUCAUACAGAGUCCUGUUUUUCCUUAUACUCAAGUUCAAGGAGAGUGCAUCACCAGUGUUUCGGACACUAUAUGCAAAGAGAACCCUACACCAUCUUGACAAACGGCCUUCCUUCAGAAAGAAGCCAUCUUUCCCUUCCAACAGGCACCAACCUCUUCACUCACUAUCUUCUCAAGAAGGUCUUAACUCGCCACUCAAUUAGU